UAGUUUAUAGCCUUACUUCCUAGUGGACUUAAGUGAUCGGCCUAGAUGUAACAACAUUCGGAUAUCCGCAACUAUAAUAUUUAAACGCACAUUAAAAUAGUGUGCAUAAAUACUAAUCGGGACUUUUUGGUAAAAACUAACGAUGCGUUUACAUCAUUCUAAAACUAUGUUAUCGUACAGAACUCAAGCGGCUUCUCUAAAAAAAAAUCGUUAAAAAAACAGUUAUAACGCAUAUUUUUAUAUACACUUUGGAGUAAUUAUCAUUAAUGACAAAUACUAGUACGAAUGAAGAACUCGGAUUUGAACUAUGGGCAAAAGAAAAUCAGAAUAUUAUGCACAUGGCUGCUUUUACGACUAUACUUGUAAUGUGCGUUGGAAUAAUAGGCAAUAGUUUGACAAUUUUGGCUUUAUUAAGAAAUCAAAGGAUCCGAAACGUUGCGUCCACGUUUAUCAUCUGCUUAGGAGCUGCAGAUUUAUUAUUUUGUAUUGCAGUGUUACCGUUCAGUGCAUCAAGGUUUUUGAACUUCAAUUGGACUCAAUAUCACACAUUAUGUUUGAUGGUGCCGUUUUUCCAAUACGGAAAUGUGGGUGUUUCGCUGCUUUUCAUAUCCAUGAUCACUAUCAACAGGUAUAUAAUGAUCGUACACACGAGCCUAUACAGCAGAAUUUAUCGUCCAAUAUGGAUAGCGUUCAUGAUCACGUUUUGUCUGGUACUAGCAUUUGGCAUGCAAGUGCCUACCCUUCUAGGCGUAUGGGGAGAAUUCAAGCACGAUCCCAAGCUCGGAACGUGUUCAAUAACCACGGACAAAUGGGGUCGAUCUUCAAAAACCGCAUUGUUUAUCACAGGAUUUGUCAUACCUUGUAUCAUCAUCGUGUGCUGUUACACUGGGAUAUUUUGGGUAAUUCACAAAUCAGAAAAUCGAAUGCAAAAACAUCAAAUGUCUACGAGAAGUGACACGACGGUAAAAAAUAGGCAAGCAAUGAAAAAAAAACGUAAUGAAUGGAGGAUUACUAAAAUGGUGCUCGCCAUAUUUUUAUCAUUUGUGAUUUCGUAUCUUCCAAUAACUAUGAUUAAAAUCACCGAUCCACAUGUAUACUAUCCAGGGUUGCAUCUUGUGGCGUACAUCACACUGUAUUCGUCGGCUUGCUUAAACCCAAUCAUUUACGUGAUAAUGAACAAACAAUACAGAAAAGCGUACAAAUCUGUGCUUACAUUCGACUGUUGCACUACAACCAAUUAUAGAAUGCCAGUCUUGAGGUCUAUAUCGAAACGGCUCCAUCCGCACGAUGAUUAUCCAGAAGAAGGAUGCAAGACUGUUGUGUCUCAAGUGUCUAUUGCUUUACAUCCGUUAAAUAACAGUCUACGCAUUUCGGAUAACGAAUCACACUGAUUAUUUUGGAUGCAUUAGUAACGAUAAUAUUUCAUUUCUAGUUUUUACUACAUAAUAUUAAUAAUAUUGCCCAAAAUAAACGGUCGCCAUCAAAUAGUAGUACGUCAUCAUAGUACAAUCGUCAAAGAUCUUAUUAAUUACAUAAAUAUUAUAUUAUGUUAAAUAAUUAUUAUAUUGUUAUAAUUUUAUAUUUAAUAUGUAUUUAUGGUAGUAGCAAAACCAGUAGAUCUACUUGGUGCUAAAGAAAUAGUUCGCAAAUAAUUUGUAAAAAGAAAAAAAAUCACUACCAAUUUGUAGUGAUAACAACAUGAAAAACCCCACUUUAUAAUUUGUACAGUCGAAUAAGAUGUACCGUAUUUUGGAGUUACCUACUAGUCAAAUUAAAAUAAUAGAAUUAUAUAAAUGAGGACUUUUAGCCAUAGAUGUGUAAGUGUCAUUUUCGUAAAAGUUGAGUAAGGUAUUAUAGGCAUAUCUUAAAAGUCAAUGUAUCGCAAAGCAAAGUGAAGUACCUAAUUUGUAUCUCCAAGACCAAAUGGCAUCACAAUACAAGAGUUUUUAAUAAACCUUGUUUUUCUCUAAUUUAGGUUAACUUGUCUUAUAUAGUUGCUUAUACCACUAUGGUUAUAACCCCCCUCAAGUUCACUUCCUGAACAUCCAAACAAAAUUGAUUGAUAAAAUAAUAUAUAAAUACACAACUCGUGGUUGAAAAUGUUUGAUGAAUUCUACAAUUCAUGUUCUAAUUUAAGUUCUUUAGUUAGCCUUUGUAAAUACGUUUUCCUCGCUUUUAGUUUGAUGGUAGUCGAUAAACUUAUGUAACUUAGGUUUAUCAUUAGACAGUAUAGGCAAUAAAUAGGUUAUAAAUAUUAAUUUUGAUUUUAUCAUUUUUUAUUGCAGAUUUUAAUUUAAUUUUUCUAAUUUAUGUUAUCGCUAUUAGUCGGACGAUUGAAAAUAACCAAUUAUGAUAGUUACUUAUUAGUUAUUAAGAUGUGCUGAAUUAUAGUGUGUGUUAUUGUAACUUGUAAGUUAAUAUUUAUGUUUAUUAUAGUUUUAACUUUUAUGAUUUUACAGUUGUAAUUAGUGUGAUGAAAUUCCAAAUGCGCAAUACCUACUUUAUA